GGAAAUAAUAAUACUAAUAAUACUACAAAUAAUACUACAAUGGCUAUGUACGGAGACGAACCACUCGACAGCUACGUGUACUCCUCGUACAACCCUUACUCGUACAGAUGCCCGAAGCCCAAGAGCUGGCGACAGAAGAGCUACCUGAGCGCGUGCGGUGACGCCGAGGGUUAUUUCGAUAACUACCAGCGCGCGCAGCUCAGGUCGAUCCUGUCGCAGAUCAACCCGAACCUCACCCCGCGCCUGCGCAAAGCCAACACCAAGGACGUGGGCGUGCAGGUCAACCCGAAGACCGACGCCUCGGUGCAGUGCUCACUCGGACCGCGCACGUUGGCGGCACGCCGGCGGGACGCAGUGCGCAAGCGCAGACCGGACGGCCAGACUCCCGGCAGCCCGGUUAGUCCCGGGGUCCGGUUCCCGCGCACGCAGGCCGUGUACUCUCCGAUUGCCACGCGGGGACUCGCGGCUCUCCUGCAGGACCAUGGUGAUGAUGAUGGUGAGGAAGAGCAGCAGAAGCAGCGUGGUGGAAAAGCUGAAGUGGUGGAGAGCACAGAUCAGGGUGAGGAGCUGGAAAAGGGUUUGGAGGAGCAACAACCAGAAAAGCAAAAAUCCAAACCAGAGCUUAGUCCCGGGGGUGAUGAUGAGGAUGAUGAAGGCGAGCAGAUAAAAGUGGAUGAUGGGAUGAAGAAUGAGAAUGGUGGUCAGGAUGACUCCAAGUCCAAGGGCAGAGUGCGCUUCCAGUUUUUGGAGCAGAAGUACGGCUACUACCACUGCAGAGAAUGCAACCUUCGUUGGGAGAGCGCCUAUGUGUGGUGUGUUCAGGGCACAAACAAGGUUUAUUUCAAGCAGUUUUGCAGAACAUGCCAGAAGGCUUUCAACCCAUACCGGGUAGAGGAUAUAACCUGUCAGAGCUGCAAGAAGGCUCGCUGUACCUGUCCUGGGACGGCACGCCACGUGGAUCCUAAGCGGCCGCACCGACAGGACCUGUGUGGACGCUGCAAAGGCAAACGGCUCUCCUGCGACAGCACGUUCAGUUUUAAGUACAUCAUAUAGUGUGUUCUUUAAGCCCUGGACAGAACCCCUGAUGGCGGUUCACUGCUGGGACAAGGAUCUCUGCUAUCCAUGGCCUCCACCAGAGACUACCUCUGAGACCGAAGCAGAAGUCUUGAAGAGGGAGGCAUGGUGCCUGUCCCCAGAGACUGAUGCUUUUUGUUUUCGUUCACGUGUUGAACUGCAGCAGCGGUCCCAGUAGUAAACCAUUUCAGGAAAAAAUUAAAAAAAAUUAAAAUUACCAGCA